CCGUCUCAUAGGUUUUCAAUCUUCACUCCCUCCGGCAGCUAAUCUCACCGUCUCUCUCUUCAUCUCCACCUACCGUCAUUGUUGUGUCGACACACUACCGUCAUCCUUUUUCUCCUUCUCUUGUCUCACUCUGUACUGCAAUCUCCUCAUGCUCCAACCUCCCAUCUCCAGGUCUAUCAUUGAGAUCUAAGUUUAAACAGGGGGGGUUAAUGUACGCUCUGAGACCAUCAUUCUCUGUUUCCUCUCGCCUUAAUCCUCCUUCCUUCCUCCGAAUUCAUCCAAUCCUGUAUUAUUUCUUCUCUUCUUCUUCUUCUUAUUCUUCUUCUUCUUCUUCUUCUUCUUCCCACACCCAAUCCUCUGCUUCAAAUGCAAUCGUCGUCCAAUACCUCAUCGAUACCUUCCAACUCUCCCCUGCCAGAGCGGCGUCGAUUAUGAGGUCCCGUAGAGGCCUUCAAUCAACGGAAAAGCCUCAAUCCGUUUACAAAUAUCUUUCAGACCUUGGAUUCUCCGAUGCCCACAUUCGAUCGGCGAUUCGACUCGCGCCGCAGAUCGCGUUUUCCAGCAUUGAGAAAACCCUGAAGCCAAAGAUCGAGUUCUUCCAGAAUCUUGGCUUGGUCGGCUCCGAUUUGGGUAAGUUAAUGUCAAGGCAUUCUCCGCUUUUGACUGUUAGUUUGGAAAAGAAAUUGAUGCCCAGUGUUGAGAUUCUUAAGAAUAUUUUAUCUAAGGAUAAGUGUAAUGACGAUCUCCUACUAUUUAUGCGGCGAUAUUCUAAUCUGCUUAUAAGAUCCACAUAUAAAAUGCUGUCUACAAAUAUCAAUUAUUUACAAAGUUGUGGGAUUGUUGAUUCUCAAUUCUUUAUGUUACUGAAGAGGCAAUCUUCACGUUUUGGUAGGAGUGAAUCUGGAGUUAAAGAUAUUGUUUCUAUGGUUGUAGAAACUGGGUUAUCUACCAAUACUAAAAUGUUUAUUCAUGGACUUCAUGUUAUCAGUAGUGUAAGUAAUGCGACCUUGAAGAAGAAAGUGGAGCUGAUUUGUAGCUUUGGAAUAACUGAGAAAGAAUGUAUGAGAAUGUUUACUUCUACUCCUUUUUUGUUAAGGACCUCCAUUGGUAAACUUAAGCAUGGUCUAGAAUUUUUCAUGAAUGAGGCCAAAGUUAGCAAAUCAGAUAUUGUUCGUAAACCUACUUGUUUGAUGCACGCAAUGCAGAGGAGGGUGCUCCCUCGCCAUAGAGUUCUACAGAUUGUGAAGUCAAAGAGGCUAACGAUGGAUCACCCGAAAUUGAUCCCCACAUUGGGGAUGUCUGAUGGCGAUUUCUUGGAUAGAUUCGUGUAUAGGUUUCCUGAUAAUAUGAAAGAUUUGUUGGUGGCCUUUAGAGGUAAUUCUGUGGGUGCAUUGCAGCCUAAGGAGUUAGCAACAUCAAGAUGGGGCUCGAAGUAGAGCUAAUAUAUGAUCUAACAACCAGUGCCGGGUUGCUGGGUUGCUUUGUUCCAGCUUUGUGCACUAGAUUUGGACUAAUUCAUAUGGUUGUUUGGCAAUAGGAACUACUCUGUUAUAGGGCACUUGAGAUUUUGGGGAUUUGAAUUCUUCCAUCGUGAAGGUUUUGUAGGGUGUCCAAGAUCCCGUACUUCCCCGUGAGGUUCUCAAGUCUCGCCGUCAAGGUCACCGGAACAUCACAGCCUUUGAAGUUUUCUUCAGUUCAUUAAAAACUUCCACUCUUGAAUCAGGCUUUCAAAACAAAAGAAUGUGUCUAGAAGAAACUACUGAUGGAAACUUGUCUCAAUUACUAAUUCAAAUGGCAGAGGUUGGGAACCAAAAGCCAUGAAAGUACUUUGUUGGAAUGUUUGAGGUCUAGGAAUCCUCGAACAUUUUGGUCCUUAUAUUCCCUAAUAAAAUAAUAAGAUCCAACUGGCCUUUUUCUUUCGGAAACAAAAUGUAAUGAAGCUAUAACUACAGGUUUAAAAACUAAUUGCAAUUUUUCAGGAUGCUUAAAGGUGGUCUUUGUUUAUGGUGGAAAAAAGAAACUACUAUCAACAUACUCUCCUACUCUCAAAACUGUAUUGACUCUACUCUUGAUUGGAAUGGCUAUUUUUUCA